ACAACGGCCGCAGCGCGUCCCGGGUCGCGCCCGGGGCGCUUGAGAACCGAGCCCGCGCUGACCGAGGCCCGGGACGGAUGGGCGCUGCGGGCCGGGGCGCGGACCGCCGAGCGGCCGUUGUGACGUCCUCCUUGCGUCCCCGCUGUGUGGACAGUGCCACACGCCCUUGGAACAGCAACGGCUCUUGCGUGCAUGUUCCAGUGCUGCUUCUGCCAGAGACCCCCGCAGAGCCGCGGUUCGUCCGGUGCCAGCCCUGAGCUGAGCAGCACGUGCCCGGCAGAGAUGGUGAAGAUGACAAAAUCCAAAACUUUCCAAGCUUACCUGCCAGACUGUCACCGAACGUACAGCUGUGUCCACUGCAGAGCCCACCUGGCCAAUCACGACGAGCUGAUCUCCAAGUCCUUUCAGGGAAGUCAGGGACGCGCCUACCUCUUCAAUUCUGUGGUGAACGUGGGCUGCGGCCCCGCGGAGGAGAGAGUGCUGCUCACGGGCCUGCACGCCGUCGCAGACAUCUACUGUGAGAACUGCAAAACCACACUUGGGUGGAAAUACGAACAUGCGUUUGAGAGCAGUCAGAAAUACAAGGAAGGAAAAUUCAUCAUCGAGCUGGCCCACAUGAUCAAAGACAAUGGCUGGGAGUAAAGUGAAGAGUUCCUGUUUUCUUUUGGAUACCGUUUCGUGAAAGAGACUGUAAUGUAAUGAAAACAUAAGAGCAUCCUGGAUGACAGUAUUUUCUUGAACUUGAACCUUGCUCGCCAGCUUCUCCUGGCCGUUUCCAUGGGUAAGGCUCCAUCCGGUCUAUGUCCUCUAUAUGUACAUGGUCGUCCCUGAAAUAUUCCUAAUGUCUCAAGUGCUAGAGAAAGAAUUAACCAGCUGAUGACCUAGCCGUCUAGUUAACGCCUUCUCUAACCUGUGCCUCUGAGGUUGGGUUUGGCUGUGCUCUCCCACUCGUGACACUGGACCAGGUCUCUGCAGACCCCAGGGGCAGGGUCUCCUCAGAGAGGGGGGUCACCCCCGUCGUGCAGCAUGAAGGGUUUUAGCCCACUGUUUUCCUAGUUUGCAAAAUUACAAAUUGGUUACUUUGCUUGCAAAUGAGCUGUUAAGUCAUAGUGUUCGUUUCAGAAUUUUCCAGAAGCAGUCAACAACUCUAUUGUAUGCACCAAGAGUGCUUUUUUUCCCAGCCUUAUUCCAAAAGAGGGCUCCAUUGAUAACAUUUUAGAUAAGUUAUAGAGAAAUGUGUCUAAUGGAACGUCUUGUUUAUUUAAGCCAAUACCUUUCUCAUCUGGAGAGCAAGUGAACUAGUCGCUAGCAGAGACUGUUCCAGGGGCCACAGUCCCGGACCCAGGGCUCCCGGGGUGGGGCAUACGUGGGAGUCAGGCCCGGAGUGGUCAGUCCGUGGAGCAGUAAUAGUUCAACACACUGGACUGAGCGAAUCGGAUUUCCCUUCUACUCUGUUGUACUUGAAGAAAAAUAAUUAUUUUUGCAUAUGAAAGAGGCCAGAACUAACAGGAUAAACUUUCAAACUUGAGAUUUGGUAGAUUGUUUUAAUGUUUCCAGAAAAGGUUAAAGUUGCAAGACAGGUGUAAACUUUGUAAAUGAGGUGUUUGUUUUGCUCAACGGGUCACCCUGCCUCACCUGCUUCUGUCCCAUGGGUGACAUAGAGGGACCCAGGCUGUCUCCCAAGUCCUGACUUUCUGCCCUCUGUCGUAAGCUUCCGUCCACCCAUGCUGCUGCUGCUGCGGGGAGUGGGCACUAUGCAGGGGCUUGCACCAGUUUGCAGAAAAUGGAGGCCAAAAAACAUUCCCAAAUAAGUUUUGUUUUUUACUGUUUGAGCCUGAAAAGGGCCGGGGGAGGCGGGGAGAAAGGAGAGCAGUGUGCCCGGAUGUUUCUCAGCCUGAGAUGGCUCUGAAACUGCCCUCAGGUGAGGUUCAUCCGCUGGCAGCAAGCCCGCGCCCCUGCCCCGCGUGCAGCCUCCCGAGCCCAGAGCCAUGGCCCCUGCAGGCUCCGGGCUCCCCUGCCCGGUUCUGGUUCGGCCGCUCACCUGGAGCUUCCCUUUGGCACCAUCUCUGCCUAAGUCUCCACGCCGUGCAACUCGAGAAGCGUGGCAGCCCCGGGUGCAGGGACAUCAGGGCGCGUCAGCACACGGAGGAGGAGGAGCCUCUGACGCACGUCUUCGACUGGGAGGGAAGAUCUUUGUUCAGCAGUGGGGUCUCUGCACUAGCAGGUGCUCCCGCCGGCUGCUGCUUCCCUGAGCUGCUGUCCCCAAAGCUCUGGGCUGCCCCGGCACUUCCCGUGUGUCCUCCAGCCGUGCAGCCUUGAGGCCUCCAGGGCGAGGUGACUCCCAUCGCUGCCGGGAUCCGAAACCUGGAGACGCCUCACCAGUGCGCUGGCACGUGAAACACAACACUCCGGCAGCUCCGUCCUCAGUGAAAACUUGGAGGACGCCUUCCUUGAGGAGUGAGUACUAACUAUUGAGAACUUGGCCUAAACUGACAUCCCCUUCUCGGUCCAGUCCCUCCGUGAGCCCCAGUGCUGCCCCUGGAGAUGCUGGGGGCCGCGACUCCGAGCGCUUCCCCACGAGGUCUUGGCCGAGACUGAGGACUCUUUCCGCAGUUCUUCCGAUCGGUUUUUGUACAUACUAACCUUGUAUCUGAAGCUUUUCUAUGUUCUGGGCGAGUUUCCGGCCCCUUCCGUUCGCGCACUUUGGUUUCUGUCCUGUGUCUUGUGAGGGCGCCAAACCCUUCUUCCCAGUGGAGUUACGACAUUUGUGUUUUCUUCUUUUUUUGUAACUGAUACGAGUAUUCUUACCCCUUUUUUUGUCCUCUGCGAAAUCCAAGCUCCUUUUGAAACCAAAUGAACCGACCAUGAGCUGGCUUCAGGGAAGGACGCCCACGAAACCACGACCAGACGUGCUGGGAAAGGGCUGGAACGUUCCACCCUCUUAAAACCCUAAACAGCAGUCAUCAUCCCCUGACUUUUAUUUAUUUAAAAUACUGUCCUUGAGGAGAGUAGGAGGUGAUGCCAAGAUUAUAAAUGCAUCUAACACAAAACUAGGCCGUGCCCUCUGGCACAGUACACUUGCUUUAGAAACGUGGUUUAGUUUUGUUGCCAUUUUAUAUAUACAUAAAUAUAGUAUUUUUGUACCUUAACACUUAAUCUUGAUGGCAUCUGUCAGAUAUUAUUAGCAAGGAUCAGAAAAAGGAAUUUUUCAAAAGUCCUUUAAUUUACCUGAUGACCUCACCAGGUACUUAAAAAAUCCAAGUGGUUUUCACUCCUGGACGACUACAGCUUAAGCUCCCAAACCACCUACAGAAACGUAAAGCCUCGUCUGUCAAAGGUUCCGGGCUGGCCCGUCCUCCCGCCGUGGGGUGGCCCACGGGGCUGCGGCCCGGCUGGCCCGGAGGUCCACCCUCAGAGCGGGACUGCUGAGCCCGAGCGCACAAGCCCCCCUCGGCCUCCCUGUGUCCAGCCCUCAGUCCUCUGUGUCUGUGAGGUUUAAAAAUAAAGCUCCCAUGUCCAGU